UAUUUGUGACAAAGUGAAAACUGGAUAAUGUAAAUAAGAGAUCUUAAUACAAUAAAUUCACAAGAGACAUAGUAUCACAGUGCAGUUUAAUGGUGUUUUGAAACAUGUGAAAUUAAAUUGAUAUACUCCUACAAUGAAUAAAACUGCUUUAUAAUUUUUUAACAACUGACUACAAUGUUUACAAAAAAAUCACACCAAGAUGUUAAGAAAUCAACAGUUAAAAUUCAGGAUUCAAAAAAAGACUCUACAACCCGAUUAAAACACUUGAGGAUAGUUUUAGAGCACUUUGAAACAGAUGAAGCAAAAACAUACUUUGAGGCCAAUUUUAGUCAUGUUUACUUUAUUCUUUAUGACAACUUUAUUUUAGCUGAAAAUAAUCUACGGCAAAGAGAACUUCCGUUCCAUCUUGUACACAAGGCUGGUAAAGAAGAGUUAGAAGGUGCAUUAUCACUUUUAGAAAAAGUUUUAUGUCUUUUACCAGAGUUAAUAGGUAAAAGAUGGCAACUUCACUCAUUGACAAGAAUAUUUUCAAAACUCCUCCAUGGAGGAAAUUCACAUAAGCUUAGGGCAGAUGCAAUAAGAUUUUUUCUAUUAUGGUAUCAAGCCCUUGGUGAUAAUGCUCCACCAGAAGUUCAUAGAAUGUUUGCAUCUCUCGUACCUGGAUUACCUGAUUCUUGUCUGCCACCCAUUGGCUCACCAUUCAAACCGAAGGUCUUUGACUUAGUGGCAAAUAUAUCACAAGAAUCUAACGAAUUCAAAGUAGAUGAUAUAUUGCAACAUCCAAAUUUUAGUUCAAUGGAAAAUCCGAAAAAAGUAGUAGUAGAACAGGCACCCACUGGGUUCAUGGGAAAAUUAGCAAAUGUCUCUGCAUCAAUAUUUCAUGAUACAAAUGCAUUAAAUCCCGUCCAAAGUGUUGACAUACAGCCUCUGUUACCUCCAAGUGCUAGUGAGAAAGUUAUAGAAAAUGAGACAAAACACUAUUUUGAAAUACUACUUGAUACAAUGGCUACAACUGUCAUCAAAGUGCAGUGGAAGGACAGAUCACAUACCAAAGCUAUGAGAAGCUUUGCUUUCCUAUUAGAGAAAUUUAAAAUGUAUUAUUUGCCAGCUAUAUGUCCACAGUAUAAUUAUAAGAAUUCAUUAUAUAAACCUAAUCUUGAUUUGCCAGUUCAACACAACAUACUAGAAGACGACUUUGCAAUAUGCAGAGUAAUAUUGAUAAAAUGGGUUGCGAAUUACGCCCAUUUCAUGAAGAAACAAGGUAGCGAGGGUGGCCAGCCAUCUUCUAUGACGAGUACAGGAUCGCACAUUGUACAUUCCAAUACACCCACACCGGCAACUUCGUUACAUCAUGAGGAAGAGACUUCUUUUACUGUGGGACAGCCCUCGGACUCCAGUAGAGCUUCAUCACACGAUUCCGCGUCGAACACUCCACAUCCUAGCCUAGAUUCAGGGGCAGGAAUAUAUGAAGAGCUAUCCUCUGACCAAGUGGUACGCGAUGUUCUGUGCUGUUCCUCAAGAGAACAUGUCGACUUUACAAUAGAGAUAUUGAGACAAGCUUUUCUUCUGCCAUUCUCACACGCAGCUGCUGUGCGAAGAGUUAUUGCGCUUUAUAAAGAUUGGAUACAGAUGAACGUGACGGAAAUUCCACCAUUUCUUUUGGAGAACAUAUAUGACCAGCAGGCGGGUGGUGAGCCGCAAGUGCCGCCACGUAGGUUGAGGAACGACUCAUAUUUGGGAGCAGUGGGAAGGGAUAAUGUUAUGGUCAGAGCUGGCUUGCAGAAUGUAUUGCAAAUAUUUAUGACGCAAGCUGCGAACGUCUUUGUGUCAAGUACGAGUGUAGCGCCACCUGGUGGUCUUCCCUCUCACCAAUUAUUGGAAGAACAGACCGACACGUGCAAGAGAGUGCUCAAUAUAUAUAGAUAUAUGGUGAUGCAUGUCGGUAUGGACGACCGCUCUUGGGAACAACUUCUGUUGGUACUCCUUCAAAUAACGUCUAUAGUUCUAACAAAAGUUCCGCCCAAAAAGAAACAGGAAUCACUUGGAGGACAUUUAGCCCCGGCGUUGUUCCAGACGUUAAUUGUGACGUGGAUUAAAGCUAAUCUGAAUGUCGCCGUCAAGACGGAUUUAUGGCAAAGUUUCAUGGAAUUGUUGACGAGGCUCACCCACUGGGAGGACCUUAUUAAGGAGUGGGCAAAAACAAUGGAAACACUGACGCGUGUGUUAGCCCGUCACGUGUAUGCGUUGGAACUGUCGGAGAGCGGUGGGGGAGGGGAAUUGCGUACACGCGGACGUAGACCCGCGCCCGUGACGAAUACCAACCGCCCACCGCCAUUACGGAGGACUGCUUUACAGCCCAACGAUACUAGGACACCCGGUAAAUCUCCACGAGUUGGGCACGAGACACACCCUAGGAAAGACGCUUCCUCUCGAAGACCUUUGGCGCGUUGUCGGAGUGAUCCCCAUUUAAAUAGACAUGCGCACACACCGCAGAAUUCACAAGAUGAAACCAAAGAACCAAUUGAUGGUAAGCGGCGGUGGUACUCCUUGGACUCGCUGAGACACUCAUCACAAAAUGAGGAAAGGGAUUCUGCCAGCGGUUCACGAACACCGUCCCCAGCGCCAUCUAGCGGCGUUGAAAGCAGUUCAAUUAAGGACUCGCCCUUGCAAAUUGAUUUAGCUUCUGACGGCGGCAAUGUUGAAUGGUCGGAAGCGGACGCCGGUGACGGGGGGGAUUGUAUGGAGGGAGACGUGAGGGGGGCAGGGGGAGUGGGGGUAGUUAUGGGGGGCAGGGCGAGGGGCUGGUUGCCUGACGUCGCCUGGGUCAUGUGGAGGAGGAUGAUGGCGGCAUUGGGAGACCCAAACGCCUUAAAGGAUCCUCAUGCCCACCAUCAUUUAUUCAACUACUUGAUACAUCUUAAUGCCACUCUUAUUAAGAUAAGUGCUAAUCAGACGCUCAAUGGCAAUACGGAGAUCCACGUGCCGUUUAACUUGGUGGCUGGAUGGUGUUUGGAAGCGGAGGCGUUGCCAUCAUCACAUAGAGCGGGAAAGUUACUGGCACUGCGAUUACUAUGCGAGUCGACGCAAGCGCAAGGCCCGGGGGCGCCUUCUUCGUGCAACAACAGGCUGCACUUAGCACACCUAAACUUAUACCAAAGAGCACUGCACCAUGGUCUGACAGGUGAAGAUCGUUCUGUGGUGGACGUGUUAGUAGAGUUUGCGGCACCGCGGUAUCUCUCGCUGGCUCUGGACGGAUACUCAUUAUUACUCCUCGAUUUUGUUCAUGCGUCGACUAUUGUUCUUAAUUCAUCAGACAUGGGGCCAUCGUGUCCUCGAACGGCCGCUGUAACAUUUCUGGCCUCGCUGUUGUCUUUACCAGACGGUCUGAUGAGUGCACCAAUGCUGCAGCCAUAUCCUCAUCAGUACAAUACGGUUUCCUGCCCUGACCUGAAGGAACACGUACUAAAUAUAGUGGUGCGUGUAUGUCGACGCGAAGGCGCGGCCGCAGCUCGUUGUGCGGGCGCGUGCGCGCUCGUCGCUCACGUCUGCCAUUUGCUCGCGACGCGCACUCACUGCGAACGGUUGCCGGCCUAUGUUACCUGUUUGCUGCAGAUGUUGAUGAUGAAGAACAAAACAAUAGCCAAAGUAGUUAGCGAUGCUGUGCUCGUUCUAGCGGACUACACUGAUAGGAUCGUCGAGAUGUAUCCGGGACUUGCGGAGAAAAUAAUAAAGUGCAUUUGUGCGUGUUUGGCGCAAAUAUCGCAUAAUGGCGGUAGAGACAAUGUACGACCGCUGGCUGGCUCGUUACUAUUAUGCCUCGCCGAAUUCGCUGUUCGCUGCGGACCCACUCUGCUCAUGCAGCAGGAACAGGACGAGCAGACCCUGCUCCUCAUGAUAUUCAGGGUUUUGUAUGCUGUUAUGAAAGGCACGAACGGUGCAGACAUCGAAGGGCUGACUUUGCCCGUGGAUGAAGACUUUGACCCAAAUAUUCAAUUGGAUAAUCUAGGUCCGAAGACCGUUCCUGCUUCAAGUAUUGAUGUCAAAUUAUGGGCACAAGCGAUAUGCUCUCAGCUGGUGCUCUACCUGGGUCAUUGGCCUUUAUGGACAGGAUGCCAGCUCUCCUCGACUGUAUGCGAGCAACAUGACAGCAUUCCUUCUCUUGGGACAGAACUCGGCCCACCGGUACUAACAGCGCCUCAUAUACAAGUCAUGAGAUUGAGUGAUUCCACGUUGGCAUCGUUCAUUGAGUUGCCAGCGUUGGAUCUGCCUCAGGGAGGAACUACGCCAGGACUAGUGACGUCAGACCGUCAAGUGCGCGUGUUAUUGCGUGACAUCACCGGCAAAUCCUGUUGGGACGCCUCUGCCUUGUACUACGACCCUUCGGUGACGUCUGCUGAAGUUAUUGAACCGCUACCUUUAUCUAAAGUUGUUGAGACACCGAGAGACAACACCCUAUCAUCAUUACCGCCGCCAUUACCGGCUGAUCUCCUCCCGGACUACAGGAAUUCACCGCCAGACAAACAUCAACUGGAUCACGUAUUAGCCUACAUAGGCCAUACGUCACCUGAGGUCACGUGGGGUAGACGACUGGACGAAGCAGGCCCGUCUCCCUUACCUCCAGGGCUUGAAGAUGAAUUGGUUUGCGCUCUCGUAGCUCAUAGGAACGCCGAGAGACAUUACCUACAGAAUAGACACAGCGAGGAAGACGUAGAGUCAGUUGACAUUACAUCAAUGAGUGGUUCGAGUGAGAACGUUUUCGCUGCGUCGAGCCAGCUAGUGUCGCAAUUGGGUACACUGGCGCCGGCGAGGCGUGCGCACGCGCAUCUUUUGAAACGCACCGAUAGGCUGUUGCGGGAAUUGAGGAAUCUCGAUGCGCAGAGGUGUCGUGAAACGCACAAAGUGGCGGUGAUAUACGUGGGCAAGGGGCAAGAGACAAGAAACGAAAUCUUGUCGAAUCGUUGCGGCAGCGCGGCUUAUGAGGCCUUUUUGGCUGCUCUUGCUUGGGAGGUGGAACUAGAGAGCCACGUGGGUUUCGCGGGUGGACUCCGAGGCGGUGGGGGCGGAGGCACGAGUGCCCCUUACUUGGCCACUCUCACCCUGGAGGCCCUGUUCCACGUGGCCACGCGGAUGCCGGCAGACACCCCAGAUGCUAUACUUAACAAGACUCGUCACCUAGGCAACGAUGAAGUGCACGUUGUGUGGAGCGAACAUUGGCGGCCUUACAAGAGAGACACGCUUCCCACUCAGUUCUGUGACGUCCUCAUCGUGUUGUAUCCUCUGCCCGGGGGUUUACUUCGGUGCACUGUCUCCAGGAAACCUGACGUUGGCGUGUUCGGUCCACUGUGGGAAGAGUGUAUAGUGCGCGUGAGUUGUUGUGCGGCCUUAGUACGAGGCGCGGCGUUCGCCGGCGGUCGAGCCGUUCGUGCGACUAUGCCCUUAUAUCAGCACGCGUGCAGCGAACGCGCACGUGAUUUGGACGCCCUCGUCGCGACGCACACGCACGCCACGCCCUUCGAGCACUUUGUUACGAGGAUACGCGCCCCGCUUCACACCCACCAGCAGCAGACUGAUCAAAGUAGCGGCCGUCUCGCGAAUGCCUUACUCGACCACGGCGCUAGCGGUUGGUCCAACUCAGAGCCGCAUACUGUGUCACCUCGCCCUGUCAAACGAUUGGGUCCCUUCAAGAGACCCUUACAGCCCACUUCAGCCCCACAUACGGCUCCACCCUCUGUGCCAGCACCGGCGCCCAGACGUAAUCGGUGAACAUACUUUUAAGACAUAACCUUUACCAUCAAUUUACAGAUAAUAACAGUUUUAUAAAACAAAACACAAACAAAAACAAAAAAUACACUCCGUCAGUUUUUUGUAGCCGAUGAAAAAUAUCUUCUAUAAAGGGUAAAAGAGUUUUAAGGGUCAGUAAUUUUUAUAUAUCUUCGAUAGCAACCUCCAGACAAAUAGGAUAUUAUAUAAAGCUUUAUGUGUGAAUAAAAGAAAAACUUUUUUCUUUUACUAAUAACAAUAUUUUAAAUAUAUUAGACCUACAGCCUAAUCUCAUUAAUUAAUAAUCCUUUAUAACAGUUCCAUGUGUAACUAAUUAAAAAUUGUAAUUAUAAAUUAGGUUUGAAAGUAACUCUUGAGUAUAUCAAAACAAUACUCAACAAUUGUGGAAUUUAUGAAUAUACAAUCAAUGUAUAGUUAAAGAUUUAAAG